AUGUGGGAGACUCAAUGUUUCAUACUGCACAAUGGUCUUCUGAGCACUCCUCUUCCACUCCCCGCUCUCAGCGCCAUAAAGAUUUGGGCUCACCUAACGGGUGUCCCUCUUGACAUGCGGUAUCAACAAGGGCUUAGUUUGGUUGCGGGUUUAAUUGGUGAUCCUAAGGAGACUGAUGACUUUAGUCUUAACUUGGUGAGUCUUACCUUGUCUCAUGUGAAGGUGGAAGUUGAUCUCACUAAGCCGCUUCCAAGAGUUGUUGAGUUUGAAAGAAAGAGCAGAGAGGUAGUUGAGGUUCAAGUUGACUACAUGUGGCUGCCUCCCACUUGCUUGCACUGCCAUGAGCUUGGGAAUGUGAUCAAAAACUGCUUGAAAUUCACACCUCCUAAAGAUCCUUCUCCUCCUGCUCCAACUGCCUCUGUUCCUGGAACAAAAGGAAAGCAAAAGGGUUCAGAAUCACAAGAAAAAAACUCAUGUAAAAGCUGCACAGAACAAACACUAUGUACCAGUUAA